AUGAAGUUUUCCUACAUCGCCUCACUUCUCUCUCUCUGUUCAAUUUCUCUUUCUCAUCCUCUUUCCAAUCUUCAAAAGAAAGCCGACUCCACCAAAGCCGGCUAUCUUGCUGUCUACUGGACAACCGCCAAUGAAAGCGUCUACUUUGCCCUGAGUGACAAUGACAAUCCCCUCGGCUUUCAGGCAAUUCACGAUAGCAAGCCCAUUGUGUCGCCUACUUUAGGCACUGGCGCAGUCCGCGAUGUCUCCAUCAUCGCCGGAGCAGGGGAUGAUGCCGAUCAAAAGUGGUAUAUCAUCGGGACGGAUUUGAAUAUCGAUGAUACCACCUGGGGCGAUUCGACUCGCACUGGAUCGAGGGGAAUCCUCGUCUGGGAGAGCACAGACUUGGUCAACUGGACUGGCGAGAGACUGGUCACUGUUGAGGAUGACACGGCCGGAAUGGUGUGGGCUCCAGAUGCCAUUUGGGAUCCGGAUCAGAGCAAAUACCUCGUCCACUGGGCAUCGCAACUCUACUCUGCCGACGAUACCGACCACACCGGCGAUGCCACCACCACCCAAAUCAUCCGCUACGCCUACACAAGCGACUUCAAGACUUUCACCACCCCCAAGACCUGGAUCGACCUGAAGACCGCCUCCACUAUUGAUCUCAGCAUCCUCCCCGUCAGCGACUCGACCUACGUCCGCUUCUACGUGAAUGGAAACACCACCGGCCCCGUCGUCGAGGUCAGCACCAACGGCCUCUUGGGCGACUGGACUGCACCGGAUGGAAGCGUCAAGAACAGCGCCAGUUACGAAGGACCGUAUCCGUUCUGGGAUAACACUGUCGACGGCAAGGCAUAUCUCCUCAACGAUGCUGUUGGAAGCAGCCCUGGACUGGCGGCGUGGACGUCGACGGAUGUGACUUCGGGCAAUUUCGACAAGGAUUCGAGUUCUGAUUUGACGUUUAUGAGGCACGGGUCUGUGUUGGCCAUUACGCAGGAUCAAUACGAUGCUCUCAAGGCUUUGUAG